AUGGCUUUGCUGCUUUCCCUAACAGUGUCGCUGAAGUUGCUGUCGCUAGUCGCGGCAAACCCACUGGCAGCUCCUCAGCCUCUCAUAACUGCUGCUGCGCAACUCUAUCCUCGGCAGGAGGCCACCACUGAAGGCUGGAUAGGAUACUAUCAGUAUUCAACGUCGGGGUCCUCGGACACAAGCUACACAGCCGAAUCAUGCGGAUCCGGCAUGACCUUCUUCACAACUGGCUCAGCCGUUGGCUGUUGCGGUACCAGUUCGUCGGGCUGGGAGUCUGCUUGCUUCAGUACACUCAAGACCGCUUGCGUGAGUGAUACUAUUGUGAGCUACGCUGGGACUGGCAGUACUUGCGGGAGCGGCUACACGUGCAACCCCGACACGAUCUAUACUUCAAGUACGGCCGAUGCUAGCGGCUUCUUGUGGUACGGCUGCAUGUCGAGGAAACCACGUCUCUACUAUCAGGUUCUCCCCGAAGCAGCCCAGGUCCUGACCGACUCUUCGUCAUCCGACUCCUCUACUUCCUCCUCUUCGACCGCAACUCCUGGCCCAGCCUCUUCGCCCACGACCACGCAAACUACAUCUCCCACGCCCACGGAAUCCGAUACCCCAGCACCGAAAAAGGAAAGCAAGGCCUGGAUAGCCGGCGUGGUCGUCGGCGCCGUCGCAAUCAUCGCCAUCGCCGGCCUUGCCUUCUUCUUCCUCCAGCGGCGCAAGAAGAACAAAGAGCAAUCCUACCAGCCCGCGCCCCAGAUGCAGACAUACCAACAGUAUCCCCAGUCGCCUUACAUGGGCUACGCCAGUCCGCCGCAGGGCGCCAUGUCGCCGAACCCGGCUCCGGCUGGCGUCCACGAGAGCAAGGGAUACUACGGACAGAGCGUUGUACCGCAAGACAACGGAAUGGGCGGCCACUCCCCCAACAACCCUGCUGUCUACCCGCAGUAUGCAGCACCCGGGCAGCCGGCGAGCACCCACCCGGUCCCGGUUUCUGAGCUACCUGCGCUCGUGGACCCGCAGACUAACAGGUGA